GUCGAUGUUACGCCAAAGACUGAGGCUGCAGAUUGGCAGAAUCUACUUUUCACGCAUUCACCAUGGAAAACAAACUCACCAUUACUCUUUUUCUCCUAGGACUGAUCCUUUUCAAGCUCCUGAGGAACCGACUGCGACUGUCGGGCAUUCCGGGGCCAUGGCUGGCGGCCUAUACGCGACUGUGGAAACUUCAUAAUGUGUGGCAAGGACAGCAUCAUCAUACGGCUUUGGCGCUGCACCGGCGAUAUGGGCAUUUGGUACGGAUCGGUCCCGAUCACAUCUCGGUUAGCGAUCCUAAGGCCAUCCCGAUCAUCUACAGUGUCAAUAAGAGCUUUACCAAAACGGCCUUCUAUCCCAUCCAGUGUAUCUCGUGGAACCAAAAGCCGCAAAUGAAUCUCUUCUCCACACGAGACGAGCGCUUUCAUCGCAAUCAGAAACGGCCCGUGGCCGGCGCAUUUAGCAUGACGGCGAUGCUGGAAAUCGAGCCGGCUGUGGAUUCAUGCACCGAGAUCUUCCUGGCUCAGAUCCGCAAGACGAUCGAUGCUCAGAAGCCCUUCGACCUAGGCAUCUGGCUGCAGUACUACGCGUUCGACGUUGUGGGCGAGAUGUGCUUCGCUCAGAAACUUGGGUUCUUGGAACAAGGACAGGACGUGGACAGCAUGAUCCAGGCGAUUAGCUUUAUGAUCCAGUAUGCCGCUGUAUGUGGUCAGAUUCCUGAGGCUCAUAAUUUUUUACUGGGGAACCCUUUAUUCCCUCUUCUGAUGCCUCAGAUGGAGCUGUGGAACCAGGUCCUAGUGUUUACCUUGAAGGCCAUUAACAAUCGAGGAUCGUUGCAGCGGAACGGAGAGAUGAUAAAAACCAAUACACAGGAGAGAGGGAAGGAUAUGAUGUCUCGCUGGAUGGCUAUGCAUGAGGCAGAUCCGGAGAAACUGUCAACUCGAGAUCUGAUCGUGCACCUGUCGACCAACGUUUUUGCAGGAUCCGACACGACCGCCGUGGCCCUGCGAGCCAUUCUGUACUACCUCAUCUGUCACCCCGAUGCCAUGACUAAAGCUCAGACAGAGAUUGACCGCGCAGAUCAAGCCGGCCAACUCAGUGACCCGAUCUCCUACCAGGAAUCUGUCCAGUAUUUGCCAUACUUUGGGGCCGUCAUGAAGGAGGCAAUGCGGCUGCACCCGUCGAUCGGUAUGACGAUGGAGCGCCGUGUCCCUGAUGAGGGCGUCUACCUGGCGGGCACAUACAUCCCUGGAGGCACCACCGUAGGAAUCAAUCCCUGGGUUGUCCAACGUGAUCCCGACGCUUUCCCUCAACCUGAUGCCUUUCGUCCCGAGCGCUGGCUGGACAGCUCACCCGAGAAGUUGCAAGAGAUGGAAAAGGCCUUCUUCAACUUCGGAGCCGGCUCGCGGUCCUGCGUGGGUAAGGCCAUUUCUCUCAUGGAGAUGCAUAAGAUCGUGCCUCAGCUACUGCGAUCUUUCGACUUUUAUUUGCACAAGGGGAAGCCGUGGAAAGUGCGCAAUGUCUGGUUCCUGCAGCAAGAAGACUUUAUCUGCGACAUAGUUCCACGCAAGCGGCAUCUGUAA